AUGGUCCAGGAGAUUGCCGAUAUGUCCAAGGACUGGAACGAGGCCCCACAAGCUAACCUCCAAGGGCACAGAAACCCUUGUCGUCCGGUAGAUGCCGCACAAGCCAAGUACUCCGAGGCGUGCGUGGUCGCAUCGUAUCAGACAAUCCAGUUAGUCCAAAGAGCCAGAGAAGCGAGGUAUCUUUCACAGAGGAACCCUUUCGUCGUAUACUUCCUCUUCGUAGCGAGUCUUAAUGUCUUCAUGAAUCAGUUUGCAUCGAUAUACCACACAGAUGCCUAUAAGAAGACGGCGAUGGAUGCCAUUUCGAUCAUGAAAUAUUGUGCUCAGCACGAUCCAGAAGCAAGCAAGGCACUCGAGAUUAUGAACCGAUUUUCGGAAGUCGUCACCGCGGGGAACGGAACUGGUCGGCUGGUUGUCAGCAGCAGCUCUCUGCCACCAUGCUUGUCAAAAAUCCGAGCGCGCCUUUUUGCGGCAUUUGGCGACAUUUUCGGCCUCGAUCCUGAUCUCACGGAGCUGGCGUCGUUUGUCAGCUUCGAUGCAAGGAGGAUGGAGGCAAUUCUCUUGCAAUCCGGUGCAAUUCUGGGGUCUGAGACGCCUGUGGAUUUUGACGUGUUAUUAGGUGAGCGACUGCUGCUGCAACACAUCCCGAUUGGGGCUCUGGAUGAGGUUUGCAAGGUUCUGCAGACAGAAUUGGUUCACAACAUUGGAUACGGAAAGCUGAAUGAGAUCCGGCUCACGAUAUCAAUACUACAUCGCGAGGUGCCUUCGCUCAAGGAUGGCGGGGUUGACAUGCUGGUGCUCAUAUGCACCUCACGGGAGGGCGAGAGUUUCUACCAACACACUCUGGAGAGAAUGCUCGAGUCACGGAGCCCGGAGCUGAAGGUCUUGUUACUACGCGGCCGGGCCGGUCUGAACGAGCAAGCCGUGUGGGAGCGGAUUGCUCUCUCGUUCGAGCGUGUUAUGGGUGACGGAUGCCAUCCCGCUAUCCGCUACUACCUCUAUAAUGAUUGA